CGUAGAGGAGUGACGUCACGGAGGCAUAUAUGAACGUUUGGGCAGGAGCCCGAGUCAGUCAGUUACAGGUCUGUCAGAAGACGAGCUGUUUUCAUUUCCACACCGUAUCACCUGUCUGAUUCAAAAGAACAAGAAUGCCAAGUCCAGCACAGCCACCAAACACGCGGUUAAAUUAAGCUGUGUAGAAAACUACGGGGGGUCCUGACACAACAGAUAACGAACAUUUCGCAAUUCCACAAAGGAAAAGAAAGGUACGCUAAUACUAUUGAUUUACUUAGAUUUGACAGCAUAAAUAACCUUUGCAGGUGGAAAAAAAACCACGAAGAGACAAGAUUUCUCCUAAAUCUGAAAGCCCUCUUCAGCACCACCGCUCGGUAAACAGCUCCAAUAAACUUCACGCCAGAUCGCCCCCCUGCCUCGGAGACCCGACCAUCUUUCUCAGUGUAAAGGAGAUUGUCGCUGAGGAGUAAAGGCGAAGCAGCUGAGACUACAGGCAGCGCACACUCGGAACAGAAAGAGACGCAAGAGUCUGAUAAUGAACUCCCAGAAUCAGACCCGUCGCGUGUUUAAGGAAUGAAGAUUAGUUGGAAAUUGAUGACCACAAAAGACCCAGUUGAAAAACUGAAUUGCUUACAGCCAAGAUGGACAUGGUUUCGACAGAAUCCUUCAGCUUUCAUAAGUAUGCCAACUCAUCCUUCGAGUGCUGCGUGAACCAAAGCUCAUGUAGCCAAUGGCAGCAGUAUGAGGAGAGGGAAGACAAGGGCUCGCUGGCUCUGAGAAUCAGCAUCUCAGUAGUCUACUCCUUGGUCUGUGCCGUGGGCCUGGUUGGGAACGUACUCGUUCUACACCUACUGCGAACCGGCAAACACACCCAAAAAUCCAGUAUCAACUUGUUCGUGUUCAAUCUGGCUGUAACAGAUUUCCAGUUUGUGUUGGUCCUGCCUUUCUGGGCUGUGGAAAUGGCUCUGGACUUCAGCUGGCCCUUUGGUCUGGCCAUGUGUAAAAUCAUUCCUUCCCUUACUGUGCUCAACGCUUACACCAGCGUGUUCUUCCUCACCGCAAUGAGCGUGACCCGUUACUGCUCCGUGGCCACGGCUCUCAAACCACCAGCCCACAUCCAGAGGCUCUGCACAGCCCGCUGGAUCAGCUCCCUCAUCUGGCUCGUGGCUUGCCUGGCCACUGUGCCCACCGCCGUCUUCACCACCCUCGACUCGGUGGGGGACGACCAGGCCUGCUUACUGCGACUGCCCAGGAAUGGAUUCUGGCUCGCCAUGUAUCACCUUCAGAAAAUCGUUCUGGGGUUCCUCAUUCCCUUAGCCAUCAUUUUAAUCUGUUACCUCCUCCUGCUUCGCUUCCUGAAACAGCAGCAUCUCAAUUACAUCCACCCAGAGAGGCAAAAUAAAGUGACCAAGUCGGUGAUGAUCGUGGUCCUCUCCUUCUUCAUCUGCUGGCUCCCGAACCACGUCAUCACGUUCUGGGGGGUCCUGGUCAAGCUGCUGGAGGUGGACGACACGGCUUACAACAUCGUCCACGAGUACGUCUUCCCUGUCACUAUCUGCCUUGCUCACACCAACAGCUGCCUCAAUCCGCUCAUCUACUGCCUGAUGAGGAAGGAGUUCAGGAAGGCGCUGAAGACCCUGUUCUGGAGGCUCUCGGCUUUCCCUUUCUCCAAUUCCUGCCUGGUGUCUGUGGGCUUCAGUGUGGAGUCCGAAGGGGCCCAGGUAGCCAUCCCUCUGAACCCAAUGGAAAGCCACAGCCAGAAGGCAUUUCAGUCCUACACAAAGAGGUCUCUCUUGCCUUCAUCGACAGCCACUGCUGUGCACAAGAACACAACCCCUGUCAUUGUUUGUUAGA